AUGGAGCCCGCCGCCGCAGCCCCGGCGCAGCGACUCCCCGAUCCCGGCCGGGAUCCCCGCGCUCCGGCGGCGGCGGCGGCGGCGGUGACGGCCGGGGCCGCGCUGAGCCCCGCGGCGGCGACGGCGGGCGGCGGCGACGAAGAGCUCCCCACCGAGGCUCCAUCGGCUCCGCUGCCCGGCAGGGCGGGAGGAACGGGACGCAGCCGGCGACGACGCGGGGCGACUCAGCCUGCUGCAGCCGGCGGGCUUGCACCGGGGCCCGGCGUCGCCGGCGGCGCCAACUCGCUGCUGCUCCGGAGAGGGCGGUUGAAGAGGAAUGUGUCUGCAGCCGCCGCCGCCGCCGCCGUCCCGGGCACCUCGUCGUCGUCGUCGUCGUCCUCGGGCGGCGCGGGCCUCCCCGCCUCCUGCCCGGCCUCGGCGUCGCUGUGCACCCGCAGCCUGGACCGGAAGACGCUGCUCCUGAAGCCCCACCGGCACAUGCUGCCGUUGCAACCGUGCGAUCGCGACUGGGUGAGGCACCAGCUGCAUCGGGGCUGCGUGCACGUCUUUGACCGUCACAUGGCCUCGUCCUACCUGCGCCCGGUGCUCUGCACGCUGGACACCACGGCCGCCGAGGUGGCAGCCCGCUUGUUGCAGGCGGGCCACAGGGCCGGCGGCGCGGUGAAGGUACCCGGUCAGCAGGCGUCGGUUCCCAGCGUCUGCGAGCGGAUCCCCGACGUCGGCUUCCCACCCGCCAGGAGCGUCGCCGUCGCGCCCGGGGAGGCCGUCGGUGUCCGUCCGCGCGCGCCUCCCUCCGACCUGCCGCUGCCCGGCUGCCCGCGCUGCGCCUCCCGCGCCAGCCCCGCGCCCUCGGACCCCGGCCCCGGAGAACCGAUCGCCGGGGCUCCCGCUUCCCCGACCGGCGCCCCGCGCACGCCCGACGGGGCGACCCCGGGCCCGGCCUCCGACACCGAGAGCUUCAGCCUGAGCCCCAGCGCCGAGAGCGCGUCCGACCGCCUGGAUCCCUACAGCGGCGGUGGCGGCGGCUCCACGUCGUCGUCCGACGAGCUCGACGCCGAUCCGGUGCCGCCGGGCCCGUCCCGCCGUCCCGCACGUCCAGCCCAGCCCCAGCCGCCUUCCCCGACGGUCUCCCCACCUCCGCCGCCACCGCAAGCCCCGAGGGACGCCGACGGCCCAGAAGGGGCGGCUGGAGAGGGGCCUCGCGAUGACCGGCGCGGGACGGCGGCCCCUGGCGGCCCCCUGGCCACCCCCGCGAGCUCCGGGGAGACCGUGUCUCCCCCGCCGCCCGCCCUGUACGUGCAGCUCCACGGAGAGACCACCCGGCGCCUGGAGGCGGACGAGAAGCCGUUGCAGAUCCAAAAUGACUAUCUCUUCCAGCUGGGAUUUGGGGAGCUGUGGAGGGUGCAGGAGGAAGGCAUGGACCCGGAGAUCGGCUGCCUCAUCCGCUUCUAUGCAGGAAAACCUCACAGCACUGGUAGCUCUGAGCGGAUUCAGCUCUCAGGAAUGUACAACGUCCGCAAAGGCAAAAUGCAGCUGCCUGUGAACCGGUGGACAAGGCGCCAAGUCACCCUGUGUGGGACAUGCCUGAUCGUGUCAUCUGUGAAGGACAGCCUGGCAGGCAAGAUGCACGUUCUGCCUCUCAUCGGAGGGAAAGUGGAGGAGGUGAAGCGGCACCAGCACUGCCUCGCGCUCAGCUCCACGGGCCCCUCGAGCCAGACGUACUGCAUCUGCCUGGACACCUUCGCCGAGUACCUGCGCUGGCUGCGGCAGGUCUCCAAGAUUGCAUCCCAACGCAUUAGCUCAGUGGACCUCUCCUGCUGUAGCCUGGAACAGCUGCCUGCCAAUCUCUUCUACAGCCAGGACCUGACACAUCUCAACUUAAAACAAAACUUCCUGAGGCAAAACCCCAACCUCCCAGCUGCACGGGGACUCAGCGAACUGCAAAGGUUCACCAAGCUGAAGAGCCUCAACCUUUCCAACAAUCACCUGGGGGAAUUCCCGUUAGCAGUCUGCAGCAUCCCAACCCUGACCGAGCUGAACGUGUCGUGCAAUGCCCUGCGAGAGGUGCCAGCGGCUGCCGGAGCCAUGCCCAACUUGCAGACAUUUUUGCUGGAUGGGAAUUUUCUGCAGUCCCUUCCUGCUGAGCUGGAGAACCUGCGGCAGCUCAGCUACCUAAGUCUUUCCUUCAACGAGUUCACCGACAUUCCCGAGGUCCUGGAGAAGCUGGCCGCUGUGGACAAACUGUGCCUGUCUGGAAACCGUUUGGAGACACUUAGGCUGCAGGCUUUAAGAAGAUUGCCUCACAUCAAGCAUGUGGACCUAAGGCUGAACGUCAUUAGGAAGCUUGUUGCCGACGAAGUGGACUUCCUGCAGCACGUCACUCAGCUUGACCUACGAGACAAUAAACUCUGUGAACUCGAUGCUAUGAUUUUCAAUAAUAUUGAAGUUCUGCACUGUGAAAGGAAUCAGUUGGUGACAUUAAACAUUUGUGGCUAUUUCCUAAAAGCACUUUAUGCUUCUUGUAAUGAACUUGUUCAACUUGAUGUUUACCCAGUUCCGAAUUUUCUUUCAUACAUGGAUGUUUCGAGGAACUGCUUAGAAAAUGUGCCUGAAUGGGUAUGCGAAAGCCGAAAGUUAGAAGUUUUGGAUAUUGGCCAUAAUCAAAUAUGUGAACUUCCUGCCCGCUUGCUCUGUAACAGCAGUCUCCGGAAGCUGCUGGCCGGCCACAACCAGUUAGCCAGGCUGCCGGACAGGCUGCAGCGGACGGCGGUGGAGGUGGUGGACGUGCAGCACAACCAGCUGGCGGAGCUCCCGGCCUGCCUCUUCCUGAAGGCCGACAGCCUGAGGUUCCUGAACGCAUCCGCGAACAAGCUGGAAACCCUCCCUCCAGCCACGCUGUCCGAGGAGUCGAGCAGUGUCCUACAGGAGCUGUAUUUGACAAAUAACCGCCUCACGGAUAAAUGUGUGCCCUUGCUGACGGGACACCCCCACCUGAAGAUCCUUCACAUGGCUUACAACAGACUGCAGAGCUUUCCAGCAAGUAAAAUGGCAAAGCUGGAGGAGCUGGAGGAAAUCGAUAUCAGCGGGAAUAAGCUGAGAGCCGUUCCGACCACAAUCCUGAGCUGCCGGCGCAUGCACACCGUGAUGGCCCACUCCAGCUGCAUCGAGGUCUUCCCCGAGGUCAUGCAGCUCCCCGAAAUCAAGUGUGUGGACCUGAGCUGUAACGAGCUAACUGAAGUCACCUUACCAGAAAAUCUGCCACCCAAACUGCAGGAGCUCGACCUGACUGGAAACCCCCGCCUUGCCCUGGACCACAAAACCCUAGAGCUGCUGAACAACAUCCGCUGCUUCAAGAUUGAUCAGCCUUCGGCGGGAGACGCUCCCGGGGCCCCCGCGGUGUGGAGCCAUGGCUACACGGAGGCCUCAGGAGUGAAAAACAAACUGUGUGUCGCAGCCUUGUCUGUGAACAACUUCCGUGACAACCGAGAAGCCCUCUACGGGGUGUUUGAAGGCGACCGCAACGUGGAGGUGCCCUACCUUCUUCAGUGCACCAUGAGUGACAUCCUGGCUGAAGAGCUCCAGAAGACGAGGAGCGAGGAAGAGUACAUGGCCAACACGUUCAUAGUGAUGCAGAGGAAACUUGGAACUGCUGGGCAGAAACUUGGAGGGGCUGCAGUCCUGUGUCAUAUCAAACACGACCCUAUGGACCCAGGAGGGUCCUUUACCUUGACCUCUGCUAACGUGGGCAAGUGCCAAACAGUUCUCUGUCGAAAUGGGAAGCCACUGCCUUUGUCCAGAUCUUACGCCAUGAGCUUUGAAGAGGAGCUGAGGAGAAUUAAGCAGCACAAGGCCAUUAUCACUGAGGACGGCAAGGUGAACGGAGUGACGGAGUCCACGCGCAUCUUGGGUUACGCCUUCCUGCACCCCAGCGUGGUGCCCCGCCCCCACGUGCAGUCGGUGCUCCUGACCCCUCACGAUGAGUUCUUCGUCCUGGGCAGCAAGGGCCUGUGGGACAGCCUGUCCAUCGAGGAGGCCGUGGAGGCUGUGCGUAACGUGCCCGAUGCCCUGGCUGCCGCCAAGAAACUGUGCACGUUGGCCCAGAGCUACGGCUGCCACGACAGCAUCAGUGCCGUGGUGGUGCAGCUCAGUGUCGCCGAGGACAGCUUCUGCUGCUGUGACCUCAGCGCCGCUGGGAGCGUGCCGCCACCCAGCCCUGGCAUCUUCCCGCCCUCGGUCAACAUGGUGAUCAAGGACCGGCCUUCAGACGGGCUGGGCGUGCCGUCCUCCAGCAGCGGCAUGGCCUCUGAGGUCAGCAGUGAGCUGUCCACCUCGGAGAUGAGCAGUGAGGUGGGUUCCACAGCCUCCGAUGAGCCCCCGCCUGCAGGCACGAGCGAGGGCAACCCUGCCUACCCCAGCGAGCCGCGCUGCACGCUGCACCCGGUCUGCCUGCCCAACGCCUUCCAGCGCCAGCUCUCCAGCGCCUUCUCGGACAACGGCCUGGACAGCGACGACGAGGAGCCCAUCGAGGGCGUCUUCAGCAACGGCAGCCGGGUGGAGGUGGAGGUGGACAUCCACUGUGGCCGGGCCAAGGAGAAGGACAGGCAGCGGCACCAGCUGCAGGUGCCGGCCGAGGCCAGUGACGAGGGCAUCGUCAUCAGUGCCAACGAGGACGAGCCAGGUCUGCCCCGGAAGGCGGACUUCUCCGCCGUGGGGACCAUCGGGAGGCGCAGGGCCAAUGGCUCCGUGGCACCCCAGGAAAGGAGCCACAAUGUGAUCGAGGUGGCCACAGAUGCGCCGCUCCGAAAGCCUGGAGGCUAUUUUGCUGCCCCAGCUCAGCCUGAUCCUGAUGACCAGUUCAUUAUCCCCCCGGAGCUGGAAGAGGAGGUCAAAGAGAUCAUGAAGCACCACCAGGAGCAGCAGCAGCAGCCAGUGCCCCCAUCCCAGCCCCAGCAGCUGCCGCAGCGGCCGUUCCCUACGGACCAGCUGCCGGACUAUGACGACACGCCGCUAUGACCCAGCGCGAGCGCUGACUCAGAAAUAGACCGACCCGCCCAGCGAGCGCGAGGCUCCCGGGCUCCGUCAGGCAGGGCUUCUACUCCCAGACUUGCCCGUCUCUGCAGCUCGCCUGUAGGUCCUCUUUCUAUUGGUUAUUUUUUAAUAAUUACCACUUUUCUUCUAGUGACCCUUUACCAAUAUGAUUUAAAUUUGUUAACUUCUUUCCCUAACGUAUCAGAUGUGUAAAGACAAAGAACAAAAGGUUUAAUAUAUUACAGAGAAACAGUUAAUAAUGUAAUAUUUUUAAAAAUGGCUUUUUGUUGUUUGUUUGGAAGGCAGGGCAGGUCGCCAUUGCUAAAUGAUUUAAUAAUAUUAUAAUUCUGUAUUUCUUUGGGGGGGAGGCUUUUUUUUGUCUUGAAAAUGAUCGACAUUUGUAGACUAUGGAGACUAACUCCUAGGAGUUGCUUUACUCUGUCAGGUGACUUAAGUCACUGGGAGUCACUAAUUUUCUCUGAGAGAACAGUUGAUUGAGAAAUUUCUAUUGUAAAUAGCUGUGUUACAUAGUGAGGCUUAAAAUGUUUUCUAGUCUUGGCAUAAGGACACAAAUCUAAAUAACUAGCUUCUCUUCCCUCUCUGCCCAGUCCCCACCUUGCUCACCAUCAGUGUGGUCAUUGGCCAGCGUGCUCUGUGCAGGGCAGUGGACCUGCGGCAAGAGCCUGCACUGGGAAACGCAGAACCUGUUUCCUUCCUGCCCCCGCCCGGCCUGCGACUUUGCAGACACUCUGACUGUGUGUACUGCCGCCGCCAUGAGCAUGACCGUAGAGUCCAUCAGACCGUCUGCAUACCCAGUGCUAUCAAAGCAGAAUGCACAAAUGGACGUGUCACGAUGUUUGUUAUAAUAAAUAUGAAAUUUACACGUA